AUGAAGGAAGAGACCACGAAGCGCAAGGCUGAGGAGGAGCCGUCCUCCCCGACCGCGAAUAAACGGGUCAAGCACAAUGAGUCGGCCGAACCAGAAAAGAAGCCGGCGAUGAAGCCCAUCCCCUUCCCUGAAAAGCCCGCCGUCAUCGAAGAGCGCACCGGCGAGAUCGAGUUCCGGGUAGUCAACAACGACAAUGAGCGUGAAUCCCUCAUCAUCCUCACCGGUCUAAAAUGCAUUUUCCAAAAGCAGCUCCCCAAGAUGCCGAAAGACUACAUCGCGCGACUCGUCUACGACCGGACCCACUUGUCCAUCGCGAUCGUCAAGAAGCCCCUCGAGGUUGUCGGUGGCAUCACCUACCGGCCCUUCAAGGGCCGCCAGUUCGCCGAAAUCGUCUUCUGCGCCAUUAGUUCUGAUCAGCAGGUUAAGGGAUACGGCGCACAUCUGAUGUCCCAUCUGAAGGACUACGUCAAGGCAACGAGCGACGUGAUGCACUUCCUCACGUACGCUGAUAAUUACGCCAUCGGAUACUUCAAGAAACAAGGUUUCACCAAAGAGAUCACGCUAGAUAAGAGUGUAUGGAUGGGAUACAUCAAGGAUUAUGAGGGCGGUACGAUUAUGCAGUGUUCAAUGCUGCCCCGCAUCCGAUAUCUUGAAAUGGGUCGCAUGCUCUUGAAGCAAAAGGAGUGCGUCCAGGCCAAGAUUCGCGCCUACUCGAAAUCACACAUUGUUCACGCUCCGCCAAAGGAAUGGAAGUCCGGUGCAAAGCCAAUUGACCCGCUCAGCAUCAGCGCCAUCCGGGCAUCAGGCUGGUCCCCCGAUAUGGACGAGCUCGCCCGCCAGCCCCGCCACGGACCCAACUACAACCAGCUUCUCCACCUCCUUAACGACCUGCAGAACCACCAGUCCGCCUGGCCCUUCCUCGUGCCCGUCAACAAGGACGAUGUGGCCGACUACUACGAAGUUAUCAAGGAACCCAUGGAUCUUAGUACGAUGGAGACCAAACUCGAAGCAGAUCAGUACGCCACGCCAGAGGACUUUAUCCGGGACGCCAAGCUCGUCUUUGACAACUGUCGCAAGUACAAUAACGAAUCUACGCCGUAUGCGAAGAGCGCCAAUAAGCUGGAGAAAUACAUGUGGCAACAGAUCAAGGCCAUCCCCGAAUGGUCUCACCUCGAGCCGUAG